CAGAGCCAGAGAGACCCCACUGCCAACAUGAGGAUCCUUCUGCUUUUUGGAUUGGUGGCUGUUGCCCUUGGUGAUGUGGCUCGCUUCGAUGGGUAAAUCUCCAGUAAUUUUAAAAAUGAAAACCAUAUCUUUAACAAUCAUAAGUAACAGAUGCUACAAAAUUAAGACAUUGUUGUGCUUUUCAGGAUGUAACACUGAGUAAAACACCGACUCCAUCAAAAGAACAAACUGCACUUUGACUUCUAUUCUUUCGCUAGUUAUUUUAGGACCUUUUUUUUCUCAGAAAAUAACAGGUAAACUCUUAGAUUAUGUGCCUGCUUCAGUGUAACACUGUUCAUUGAAAGUUCGUCUAUUUGAAUAUACAGAUCCACGAGUGAACCAUGUCAAAAAGUGAGAGUCAUUUUAAUAAAGGAGAUUUCUGAACAUUUUUCCUUGAUCAGAAUAGCAGACUGCUCUUCUUAAAGGCUCCACGAACAUUUACACUUACAAGUACUCUUAGGCCUCUCACAGACCAUUUGUAUGCAGUAAUUUCAACUUCAUUAAACAACCCUAUUUUAUAAAAUAAGGAUAUAUAGUGGAAUUGACCCAGAACAGGUCAGCGAACACCAAAAAGUAUAGCUAUAGUAUGCUAAGGUUUUGCUGAAAAAAGGCUUGUUAGUGUUAAACUUUUUACUCCUACCUUUAUCUCACCAGAGAGAAAGUCUUCCGUCUGAGGCCCACUAUUGAUGAGCAUGUGAACCUCAUUAAGGACCUGGCCAAGACCAUUGAGGUACACCACACUUACAAAAAAACAAAGUCCACCUGUAACACUUUUGUUAGUCUCAUUACAGGUGUUGAACUGCUGUGGUCAUGGUGAAAAGGGCUGCUUUGGACGCUCUUCUCUGUAGUGUUGCUAUGAACUUACUGCAUCUGUUCUCAGAUCUGAAUAUUUUGUUUAAUCAAACCCUUACUUCCAGGACAAUUUCAUCAAAAACUGUCUAUAAUUGGUGUCUAUAAUUGGUGCACUGACUAAAUAAGACUAUCUUUCAGUGCGACAAAGUUUGGCAACAGAGAGGCUCGUUGUUGUAGUAGGGUUCUAUCUGAACGUGUUCAAGUGUUUGACUUUGGCGCCAUCUGCAGGUCGACUUCUGGAAACCCGAGAGCCCUGAGCUGGUGACCAUUGACAUUGAUGUGGACAUCCAUGUGCCUGCCAAGUACCUGGAUAUGGUGUACACCUACCUGCAGCAGGGUGACAUCGAAUAUGAGUAGGUUACAAGACAAAGAUUAAAAAUAAAAGCAAUAAACAGACUUAAAAUUUGUCAGAACACAUGAAAUAAAAUCAUCUUUAACACUUUCUCUUUUCAUCCGUCUUCAGGGUCCUCAUUGAGGAUCUGCAGGAGGCCGUUGAAGCCCAGGCCGAUGAUGGACCCACCCCCAGAGCCCACAGCUACACCAAGUACAACAGCUGGGACAAAGUAAGAGCCAAAUGAUCUUCAGUUGUCUCUUUUUGGACUUGACUUUUGUGUCCUAUUCUCAUCUACUUCCCUUUCAAUUUUCAGGUCCAGUCCUGGAUCGCCUCUAUUGCCUCCUCCAAUGCCAAUUUGAUCAGCAAGCAGGUGAUUGGAAACACCUACGAGGGACGCCCCAUGACUGUCCUGAAGGUAUUUCAAGUAAUAUUUACCAUAUUAGUCCCUCGAUUUACAGAAUAUACAAGCAUAUCUAAUAGAUGUUUUGGAUUAUUAAUCACAGCUCGGUAAGAAGUCCAGCUCCACCAAGCCUGCCAUCUUCUUGGACUGUGGUAUCCAUGCCAGAGAGUGGAUCUCUCCUGCUUUCUGCCAGUGGUUCGUGAAGGAGGUAAGGAAGACAUCUAAAUGGAUAUAGAAAAGUUUAAAGAUCUUACUUUUAGCAUUGAUAGUAACGGAAAUGUUUUUACUCCAACUUCCCUCAGGCUCUGUCCACCUAUGGCAGCGACUCUCAGAUGACCAGCCUGCUCAACCAGAUGGACGUCUUUGUUCUGCCCGUCUUUAACAUCGAUGGUUAUGACUACACCCACAAGAGCGUAUGUUACAGCCCUGUGCCUUAAGUUUCAUUUUGGACUGGUAAAACUAUUGUUCAUCCUAAAUAAUUUGUCUGACAUAAUUGUUUCGUGUCCUUUGGGGCUUUAGAACAGGAUGUGGAGGAAGACACGCUCUAGGAAGUCUGGAUCCAGCUGCACUGGAGCUGAUCCCAACAGGAACUUCGACGCUGGCUGGUGCUGUAAGUGCAACAAUACAAACUGUUCGAUCUCAAAGGGGCACUAUAGUCAUUGUAUGCUGCCUGGCUGUAAUGACUGAUGCAUGACUUUUAGAAGAAUAUAAACAAGUCACACCAAUAAGAAAACUUUAAUUCUACACUGCCUGCAGUGUAACAAGGAAGCAAUCUACAUUACACUUGCACACAUCAACAUAUUUUUAAUCUCCAUGUCAGGAAGCAGGUUAUUAGUAGCUGCAUUUUCUUUAAUUUUCCCAACAAUACAGCAACCUUGCAUACAAACAGUGCAGAUUGAGGAGAAUGGAAGGACAAAGAUAAUCUAAUUUAACCUUAAUUUAUUUUAAUGUUUUCUUAUUUCAGCCAUGGGAGCCUCCUCCAACCCCUGCAGCGACACCUUCUGCGGUUACACUCCCGAGUCUGAGAUCGAGGUCAAGAAUGUCGCCGACUUCAUCCGUAGGAACAAGUCUAUCAUCAAGGCUUACCUCACCAUCCACUCCUACUCUCAGCUGCUGCUCUUCCCUUACUCCUACACCUACGCCCUGGCUGCUGACCACAGCGAGCUGGUAAGUCAGCAUUAUCUGACAUACAGAGCUACAUCAUGGGUGCAGCUACCAUAUAAAUUAACAUGCUUAGUCAGCCACAUUGACUAUAUAAUUAUACAUCAUGGCAGUGUCACAUAUAUCGCUAUAGUGCUGCUGCCUUGUGUUUGCAGGAGUAGAGGAAACACAUGGAUUAAGUCAUCAGAUUAUAAUACUUUAAUUUUGAUUGAUUUAACUGUUGUUUUAUUUGGCUCAAAGCUGUUUACUUAUCACUGCAAAAUAGAACAAGGUAGUACAAUGUUCAAGGAUUCAAGGGAUUCAAGGAACACAUCUUUGACAGCCUGUAGUACGAAAUUAGUACCCAGGUCCAAUUCCAAGCCAAGAAUAAAAUACAAUACAAUAAAUAAAAAAUAAUACAAUAGAUAAAAUACAAUAAAAUACCAAAGAGCAAAAUGUAAACAUAUUUAAGUAAAUAUGAAAUGAGCCCUGUUGCACUAAAAUUCCUGUGUGAAAGCAGCAGCUUGGCUUGUGAUAUAUUUGGUGGAAUUUCCUCCUGUGAGGAAGGAGACUCUAAUUAAUGAUUCUUAUCAGUAGACUAAUGGACAGAUUGACAAUUUUUGUCUUUCUUUAGUUACCUUUCCUACUUUUUUAUGUUUCUUGUCCAUAUAUAUUUAUGUUUUUGUCUAAGAUUAAGCAGAAACUGAUACAGCUUAUUACAGAUAACAAGCUUUAGAAAUAGCUAAAACAAUUACGGCUCGACCCGACUUUCCAUUUAAUAUCAAACAGACAAAUAUUAUGGAUAAAAAGAUUUAUUUUAUCCAUUUAACAAUGAUUUCUACCCAUAGAAGUGAUUUUUUAAGGUACAGACCAUGAAAUGUUUUUAAAAACUGCAUAUCUUUAAAAAGCAGCGUUGAAGUCCAACAUUCACAACAAGUCCUUUUUUAAAAGAGUGAAUAAAUUGAUAAUAAAAUAUAUCUCCAAAGGUGUUUCCAAAAGCUUAAGCAAGAAAUCAUCCCAGUCCCAUUAUGUCUGUUAUCUAAAGCCCACACUUAGCUGCUGCAAAUCAUUUACUCCCUGCUCACAUGCCUCACUCUCAUGGCUCUUUUACCUCUCACUGGGGUGUCCAAGGGCUGCACAGUUAACACUUACACCCCAGCUCCAGCUCUCACACUGACUGAGGCACAUCACACGUCUCUGCCUCUCUAUUACUCACAUGUAAUUUAAGCUCUCCUCUGACACUUUGCACAUCAAAAGAACUCCAGGGAUCUGUCAUAACUCAUCUGUGCAACCAGAAAUAUAAUUUCCUGUUUGUGCAUUUCUCUGAGAGACUUCAUUUCCUCUUGAAGCUCACCAAAGCUUUAGUAUAUUCUGUAAUAUCAGGGAAAAAUGCUGCAUUUGAAGUGCAAUGGAUGUUAAAUGUUAUACUGCAGAAAACACAUUUUCAUCAUUUCAACCAACUUAAUUUAGAAAUAAUGACUCAGGCUUUUACUUAGAUCUAAAUUUACGCUCCUAAGAAAUGAAACACACCAUUACUCAGUCAAAAACUCUCAGAUGUUAAAAUCACUUAGGUUAGGGUGACCAUUAGCUUUUGGUUGCUGCAGAUUAAAUUUGCUAACUUGAGACAUAGCUGUGAAGUUUACACAUGCUCCCUGGAUCUAAAAAUGUACUUUUAACACGCUGUUAACUCAUACUUUGAACAAUUUUGUUUAUUUUUCCUUUAAUAUAUCUUUUUUUCUAUACUUCAGAUGGAGGUUGCUGAGGGAGCUUCCUCUGCUCUGCGUAGUCUGUAUGGUACCCGCUACACCAGUGGACCUGGUGCUACCACCAUCUGUAAGUACUUACAAUAUUGAAGUGGGUUUGUUUCUAUUGAGAAGGAAGCUUAAAAGUCUAUUUCCUGCUUACUAUAAUGUGUUAUACAUGUUCAGAAUUCACACACUUUUUAAGAGGUUGAAAAUGACUGACAGAAUUGACUUUAACUUUCUCUUUUUUCUAUAAAAAUAGACAUAUUGGUCCUUUAAAGGCAGUAUUUGUCUAAAAAUAUGUCAUUCCAUGUCAUAGGCAUAUUUUUUAGCAUACAUUUUAAAAUCUGAAUAAUCCUCCUCCUCUUCUCCACCCGUAGACCCUGCUGCUGGAGGCUCUGACGACUGGGCCUAUGACCUGGGAGUGAAGUAUUCCUACACCUUCGAGUUGCGUGACACUGGUCGUUACGGCUUCCUGCUGCCCGAGUCUCAGAUCAAGCCCACAUGCGAGGAGACCAUGCUGGCCGUCAAGUACAUCGCCGCCUACGUGCAGAAGAACCUCUAUUAAAGAGCUGAACUGCUAGGACCCCUGCCAACUCGGCUUUUCUGUACCAGCCCCCAGCCCCUCCAAUCGCUCAGCCAUCUUCAGCCUGUAACCAUGGAUACGGGCACCACCCGCCAUGUUUCCUUGCUGUGCUUGACAGAAUGUCAAGAUGAGUGCAAACAAUAAAAUCAAUGAUCCAUUCUCACAUGCUGAAUCAUUUUUAUGUGUGUAUGAUAAUAUAGUGUUUGAUGGAGUGAAUCUUUAUCAUUUGUAUGAUAAUACACAACAAAACAGUGAAAUUGGCUGAAUAAAAUAAUGAUUACACUUUACAGGGUAUCCCUAAUAGGCCAUAAAACUUGUCUGCUGCCUUUAUGAUAUAAAAAAAUACAAUAAAAUCAUACAGUGUGUUGCCUUAACUAAUUCUGCAUACACACAUGUACACUAGAUGAUGUGUCUUCUUGUAAAAGUAGAUUAAAAAUAUCCAUUUAUGUACUGUUUGAACCUAGGUUAUCCCUAUGGUCAAACUGGAACUCUUCCAACAGUGGAGGCUGGGUGGGUGGGGGGUAUCAGCCUUUUAAGAUAUUCAGCCAGCAGCCCAGUACGUGACGACCCCAGAGUACUCCUUGGCAGCGUCUGUGUUCUGCCAAGCAUCUGUCCGAGUGGAGAGAAAAUAAAGGAGCCAAAGAGCAGCAGGGAGUUCAAAAAGCCAUGGCACAUAUUUGUGAAGCAGAAGGUAAAAGAAUAAACUUCAGUGACUGAUGUUGCUGCUG